AUGAGAGUCCUUAAUCUUCCGCUCGUUGUAGGCUAUAAUAUGUUCAAUCUCGCAUAUUUGAUCAAGGCGACACUCAUAGAAAAGAAAACAAUUUUGGAUAAUGUUUCCGGUUUGUUCAAAUCGGGCCAUCUUACUGCCAUCAUGGGUCCCUCAGGGGCUGGAAAGUCGUCACUUCUAAAUGCUCUCACAGGAUUCUGUAUUAACGGUGUCAAAGGAACGGUCAGAGCUGGUGACGCGGUCUGUGAAUUACGAAAGAACACAUCAGCGGCUUCACUACGAGCUUAUCGCAAGAAAUCGUGUUAUAUCCUGCAAGAUGACAGACUGGAUCCACUCUUCACCGUCAACGAACUAAUGAACUUCGCCGCUGACUUGAAGCUAGGGAAUAUGGUCACGAACAGAAUAAAGACGUCCAUUAUAGCGGAUAUUUUGCUAACUUUAGGCUUGAAGGGUACCGAGAACACGAGAGCGGGAAACCUGUCAGGUGGUCAGCGAAAGAGAUUGUCUAUCGCUGUUGAACUUAUUGACAACCCACCUGUUGUUUUCCUCGACGAACCCACCACUGGGUUAGACAGUCUAACGACUACUCAAUGUGUAAGCAUGCUGAAGGAACUUGCUCGCGGUGGUCGGACGAUCGUUUGUACGAUACACCAGCCGACUGCUCUCAUAUACAAAAUGUUUGAUCAGGUAUACAUCCUCGCUGAGGGAAUGUGCAUAUACGACGGCUCGAGUGAGAACACGGUGCCGUACCUAGCGUCCAUGGGCUUUAAUUGUCCUAUGUACCACAACCCCGCUGAUUAUAUUCUGGAAAUAGCAAACGGGGAGUACGGCAAGUUCAAUGAGCUACUUGCCGCCCGCUGCACCCGCGACCAGAAGAUGGAGAAGAUCACGCUUCCGGUAGAAGAGCAGGCUUUCCAAAUCGAGUGUGGAAAAAUGUCCGUCAUGAUUAACCAGCCCCACGAGGCUUACAAGUUUGGCAUUUUGUUCAAACGGUGUCUCAUACAACAGUAUAGAGAUUGGACCGUAACACAUCUUAAGGUUGUCUUGCACUUCUGCUUGGGGAUAUUACUGGGCCUAUUCUAUGACAAUUCGGGCAGCGACGGGUCCAAGACUUUCAGUAAUCUCGGCUUCCUCAUUAUUUCGGCAACCUACCUCUGCUACACGUCCGUCAUGCCAGCUGUGCUUAGAUUUCCUGAUGAAUUGCCUGUGUUGAAGAAGGAGAACUUUAAUAAUUGGUACAGCCUGAAAACGUAUUAUGCAGCUACGUUGGUCACCACUAUACCAAUUCAAAUUUGGUACAGCCUGGUGUACUCCCUGCCUGCGUACUUGAUCACAGGUCAACCCGUAGAGUUGUCUCGAUUUGUAAUGUUCGUUAUAGUGCUAGCCAACGUUACACUUUUAGCUGAUUCCAUAGGCAAUGUGAUCGGAUCGUGCGUUAACCCAAUUAACGGCACUUUUAUUGGCGCAAUUACUACGUGCGUGAUGCUCGGAUUCGCUGGUUUCCUGGUGCUGCUACCGCAUAUGCAUCCCAUAAUGCAACUCAUUUCGUAUGGGUCCUUCCUGAGACACGCUUUUGAAGCCCUGGUCUUGGCUCUUUACUCGUACGGGAGGUCGCCCAUGUACUGCCCGGAAACGGUGGCCUACUGUCAUUUAAGAUAUCCCAAGGAACUUAUUAAGGAGCUGAGCUUGAAGCCGGACAAUUACUGGACGGACAUAAUCAUACUGGCUUCCGAAUUCGUCGUUCUUAGGAUAAUAGGAUAUCUAACUCUAAGGCGAAUGGUCAAGAAUAAGGCUACCUAUUACGAAAUAUUGGGGGUAUCCAAACAAGCGUCAAGUCAUGAGAUAAGACAAGCAUACAAGAAAUUGGCUGUUAAAUUACAUCCAGAUAAGAACUCUAAUGAAGAAGAACGUGAGCAAUUUUUAAAAAUCACAGAAGCCUAUGAAACACUUAAGGAUCCAGAAAAACGGAAGCAGUAUGACAUUUAUGGAUCUCGACAAUCCCACAGUGGGAACUCUGGAUAUAGGUCCCAGUCAGAAUAUGAUGAUUUAUUUACAAAAGGACUUUAUCAUAGAGACCCUAAUGUGGAAUCAAUUAAUCCAUCUAGUUAUAAAACUUUUCUCACCAACGGCAUGGUUUUUAUUAACUUUUACUCACCAUUUUGUCCACCCUGUCGAAGUUUGGCUGACGAUUGGAAAAAGUUAGCCGAAGUCUACAAAGGAAUUGUAAAAGUCGGUGCAGUGAACUGUAAAUACUACAACAUGUUUUGUUAUAACUCAAUGAGGAUAGGUAAUUAUCCAUCGUUGUAUUUUUUUCCCUAUGGAAAAGACGGCAGCUACGUACACUAUAAGGGACGGCAUUCAUUUGAAGACUUGGAAGAAUUCGUUGUGGGUUAUAUGAAGAAGAAGGUGACAAUACCUUAUGUAACUUCCAUACGAGAUAGCGACAGCCCCAUAACGUACGUUCUCGAUACAGAAUUGGACGAAAAGAUGCUCAUUCGUGUGGCAUAUCGAUUGUAUUGGGUGACUACUGUGGUGAAGAUCGACGAUGAAAUGCGAAAUAAAUUAUCAAAAGAUUUAGACACCACUAUUCUGCUGAAGUACAACAAUAGAACAGUUUGGAUAAACUCGCUUGACGAACAGACCAUCGUCACGAAAGUGGUCGAGGCUUUGCCACAAAAUGAGCAAAUUGGAUUGAAGAAAAUACAGGAUAUAAGAAAUGAACUCCGCAAUGGAGACCAGACACCGUGGGUUCUAUAUUUCUCAACAAAGGGAGACGAUAAACUGCCUUUGUACCAUCUGAAGUUUGCAACGCCUAACAUGAACUUUGGUGAAAUAAAUUGUGAGAAACUGGGCGAGUUAUGUCACUCCCUGCAAGUAAAUAAAGCCCCGGCUUGGGGGAUCUUGAAGCCAGGUGGCGGCUACCAAAGGCUGUUCGUGGAACCGACGCCUGAGAUUCUAGAAAAAUGUGUUGCCGCUUAUAACCUGCACACCCUCUCUGCCGCUGACUUUAAGAGGAUCCUUGAGGAUGAGGCCACCACGUGGGUGCUGAUAAUAGCUCCACAUAAGACAACAUGGGAACACAUGUUCGAGCCAUUUAUAGAAGCCGCGAUUUCCUUCAGAGAGUUAGGAUUUAGUUUCGGUAUAAUUUCGUGCAGUGCGCACACGGACGAUUACUGCCGAAAGGUAUCUAACAAGGCGAUUGUGGCCGUACAAGAGAGGGGGAAAUUGCACAGGUAUCGCGGGGAAGUGGACAAAGCUGGUAUUGUGGAGUUUGUCGACUUAAUAAAAGACAUCGAUGACUUCAGUCUGAACGAGCAACAAGUACUGGAGAUAAGCGACGUGUGGAGCCGAGAAAGCACUUGGCUGGUGGCGUUCUUUCCUCGACACUGCGGGGAAGACUGUGACGACCUUAUGCACGAAAUGAGAAUAGUCUCAAAGCGGUUACGUCCCUUAAAAUUCGUCCGAGUGGGCGCCCUCUGGUGUAAGCGAAGCGAAGGCAACGGGGCCUUUUGUGCAAACGUACGUUCGCCCACCCUACGUGUUUAUCCCCUGGCUUCGGGGCGACAUUUUACCAUUCCCCUGCAGCAGCUAUCCAAAUCGGCUUACAUUUUGGAAUGGGCGCUAAACUACAUAGAUGAUUCUGUUGUAAAAAUUAACACCCGAACAUUUCAAAAUAAAAUCCAACAGAACGACGGGGACGAAAAACCGUGGGUUGUAUAUUUCCAUUCGCCGAGGUGCUACAGGUGCUAUGAAAUGUACACAGACUUUGCGAUAGUAGCUCACCACCUCAACAACGUGAUAAACUUCGGAAAGGUGAACUGUAUAUCGGAGCACGCCGUCUGCCACCAGGAGUAUAUCACCAGUUACCCCACCAUGCGCAUAUACCUAAACAAAAACGAGCGGCAACCGUAUCGGGCGGUCGUCAACAUUCCCGUCUCGGGUUAUACUCAAAUCUGGGACGACCUGCAGCCCCACGUGAAAGACUACAGCGAAGACAUCCUAGCUAAGUUUCAAAGUUUCGACAUUAAAAGCCAGUACUUAAAGGACGAAUUGUAA